AUUAUUCUGAUAUAGUCUUCUUCUCCACAAUAUCUAUAUAUAUAUAUAUAUAUAUUCAAUUGUCUUUUAGCUGUUGUCGCAGAAUAUCCGUAUGAUGUGUAGCUAAUUGUUUUGCCCUAAAAAGCAAAAGCAAAAGCAAAUAUGCAGCAGCUGCCCAUCAUCAUCUUCUUCAAUUUAAUUCCAUCAAAAAAUUAGUUUCUUGUUCCUUCGAUCCAUAUGGAUAAUAAAUUAGCCGUUGAUCCUCCUCUCAAGUGCCCUCGCUGCGGUUCCUGCAAUACCAAAUUCUGUUACUACAAUAACUACAGCCUGUCUCAGCCGCGCCACUUCUGUCGGGCCUGUAAACGCUACUGGACCCGCGGCGGAACCCUAAGAAACAUCCCCGCCCGCGGCGCCUCCUGCCGGAAUCAUAAUUACAAGAACGUUAAUCCCCGCCGGCGCCGUCGCCGCCCCACCCCCACCGCUAAUUUUACUUCACCUGCAAACCCUAGCAGCUUCCGGCGGCUUUUCGAUCUGCCUUCUGCAGCUAAUUCCGGUUAUGUCUCAAAUAAUCCUUUCUUUCCUUACCUCACCGCGGCGGCGGUGGAGGAGGAGGAUUUGAUCCAUCUCAAUUUCCCGUCGAGUUAUUCUUCAGCUAGGGUUUUCUCCGAUGAGAUGAACAAUUCUGAAUUAGGGUUUUCCACAUUUUCCGGCGGAAACUCCGAUCUUUCGGUCGGUUCAACAAUGGCGUCUUGCUUAAUCGGUUCAGGUCCUCAGAAAUCAUUCAGUCUGAAGACGAUGACGGAUAUUCAACAGCCUACAGAUAUCACUGCAGACUCAAUUCCGCCGCCGCCGGAGAAAAUAGACGGCGGAGGAGUUUGGAAGGCAAGCCCAGUGGAACAAAUAAUUUCUUCUUCUUCUUCUUGGGAUAAGCAUGAGAAUUUUUAUACGACUAAUUGUUACAACUUUGGUUCUUGGUCUUGGACAGAUCCUUCUCCAAUUUAGCUAGCUAUGUAUAUUGUUCAAAUUAUUUAUAUAUAUAUAUAUAUAUAUAUAUUUAAGCUGCAAGAAAUUUGGGUGUUGGAUUGGAUUGGAUUGGAUUAUUGGAUAGAUCUCACAGUUCAUAUGCUAAUAGACGACCAUUUUUUCUUUUUAUUUAAUUUUUUAAGCAAAACUUCUUUUCUUGAUGAUGAUCAUUACAACUAUAUAUAUAUAUAUAUAU